GGUAAAGCGGUGAAACAAUCUGAAAUUCUUCAAUAAAGAGAAAUUAACAGUGAAAUAAAACACACACAUGUCUGUACCAAAGGAAUCACGCUUACCGGCUCUAUCUACGCUGGAAAGGCCUACACCAGGCAUGGAGAGUCAACAGCAUGUAAGGUCUGAGUCAAAAAGACUGAAAGCAAAAGGAGGAAGAAUGUCGGGAUAUCUCUCAACUUGGCCUGCCCAUGCCAGCGCUCAGAUCGUCCAGCAUUGCGCUCCUGCUCCUUCUGGAGUGAAGAGAGAUCAUGGAUAUGGUGAGGAGUUUGAAGUGAAGCCACGUCUCCUGGAACAACUGGAAUGUUAUCUGAAGAAAGAACUGGCAUCUUUAGAUAUGUCUAGCCCAAAACUCCAGGAGCACAAACUUCAGGCAUACCAGGAAGUUUUCAACUACUUUAUUGAGAAUUUUAAAGCGUACAAGCCAUUAUUGUCUGCCAUCAAAAAUGAAUAUGACACCACUCUCGUGCUUUUGCGAGAGCAAAUACGAGAGCUAGAGCCCCUGCGUGCCCAGUUGGUGCUGUUGUCAGAACAGUGUGAGAAGAGGAUUUUGGAACUAAGAGAACAGGAGAGGGCUGAGAUCAGGAACUUAAAACAGAAAUACCAACAGCUACAGCAACUCAUAACAAGCAUGAAGGAUCAACAAAGAGGCUUGGAGACCCAGGUGUCUCAUCUACAGAAGGAACUGGCAGCACAGUAUCUGCUAUACAGGGAGGAACGUGAUGCCCACAAACUGCUCAUUGCCAACAUCAGCAGCAUGCGUUAUAGCCCUGACCAGAUGCCUGAUAAGGAACACAGUGAGAUGGAAUCAGAAGAUCCUGUGACAGUAAAUCUGGCUCUAAAAGUGUGUAGAGAGGAUCUAACCAAGGCCCAGGUGGAACUUAACCGCUUGCAUGCAGAAUAUGGAGAUGUAGUUCCUCGUAGGGACUGGGAGAAUCUGGAUUGCAUGUACAAGGAGAAUCUCCUCAAGUUGGAGACCUUACAGUCUGACUUCAAUCAAAUGAAGUUAGAAUAUGACACACUGCUAGAUCUACACCAGCAGGUCAGCAUGCAAAGAGACAGCCUUCAGAAUGAACUAGAGGUAUUCAAAGAGGCUUCUACCCCUAGACCACGCUGGGAGCAGUGUUCAGGUGUGCUGGGAGACAAGGAGCACUGGUCUGAGCUUUUUGAGGGUCAGUCGAGUCAAAAUAGGCUGGAAACCUUACUAAACGAGUUGAAAAGGAUGGGGUUGGACCAGUCAGACCUUUUCACUGGACUGGGUACUUCCAGUGAUGUUCCUAUUUACCUGCGGUUUGAGGGGCAGCUAAGGAACCUUAAGUUGAAAAAGGAAGAUGUUGUCAGAGUUAUAAAGGAUAUUUGGAGGGGGAAAGCAUCUAAAGAUGAGAAGAUGGAUAAAAACAGUGAUAUAAAAGAGUUUUUAUACCAGCAUCUGGUGGAACAGCAUGGAGAGCAGGCAGGGGAGUGGGCUUACAGCCUUAUGGAUGGCAUUAAGCGGUACCAGAAAGAUGACUUCAUAGGCCUGUUCUAUGAUAUCCUUACCGGCAGGGUGGAUGAGAGUGUGUACCGUGGUCAGACCAACCUACUGUCUCACCUGCUCAAAGUGCUCAUAAAGGGUGACAGCACUGAGAGUGGAUUGCUGACUGCAGCCCAAUUUAGUGAGGCUUUAAGGGCUGCUUUCCCACUUAAAGAAGAGAAGGCUAUAGAAGAACUGGUGCAGGCUGCUCAGACAGAACUGAAGCCCAGUGAAGGAAACAUUGCUUAUCAAAGACUUUACACAGCGGAUACAGAUGGAAAACAUGGUGAAUUUUUGGCUCUGGUGAAAAUGCAAGCUUUGUCAGAGAGACAUCAAUAUAUAAGCCAGCUGAGGGGGCAACUAGAAGACAAAGAGGACGUGACAGUGGAAGAUUUAAAAACUGCUUUCAAGAACAUUGAUCCCUCACUGAACUCUGCAACUCUUGAAUGGUAUUUGAGUAUAGCCUUCAAAACUAAAGAGCUGCAUUCACACACAUCAUUUCUGGACAAAGAGGCUGCACUACAGUGUCUUUCUGUGGCUGAUGUGAACCGGGCAGGACUCAUGGUUUAAUUGUAGGGUUUUUUUUUUUAUUUUAUGAUUAAAAUACAUUACACUUAUGUAUACACUGGAAAAAGAAGUGUAACUUACUUUUGUGGUAAUGUAACAUUUUAUUUCAAAGUUAACCUUUUUAUUGUAUGGGAUUAUACAUUUGAACACUAGUUAUUAGUAAUGUAUACAUAAAAAGUACAUUUUAUUUUAAAAUCAAAUACAAACAUCUAAUCUGCUUUAAUUAAUGAAUCUUUAAUUAAAAUACAUUCAUAUGUAAGUAACUGAUCAAACAUGUUUUUAGUGUUGGAUUAUUAACAUUUGUGCCUGUGAACACUUACUGACAUGGAUAGCUCAUUGUAACCAUAUUAAUACUGUUAUCCCUGUUUGCUUGUUUAAGUUGUGCUGACAAUUAUAAAAGUCUAUAUAAAUCAUGUUUUACUACCACUUUCAGGGUCACCCUGGACCCUGUGGGGGACACACACUACGACAUAGCCAAUCAUAUCUGUAUGUAGAUGCCCGACCGGCCGAGAGCACUGGUGAUUCAGACCUGGGUUCUUAGC